AUGAUCUAUUUUUACCCUGUCAUGCAAUACAUUUCACAGACAUCCUUUCUGUGCUCCUACACCAAGGAUGCCUUUUCCGUCAAAGUCUGGAGACGGUGCAGAGAGAGAGAGGAACAGGAGGCUCUGCCAGAGGAGCUGAUUGAUCAGAUCCUGUCUCUGGACAACUACUUCACUUACAACACCGUCUGGGCUGUGGCCCGGGCCUUCCAUGCAGCCUAUUUGUCAAGAUCAAGGAAGACAAGGAUCAAAGGUGGGAAGGACUUGGAGACUCCAAGGCUGAAGGCUUGGCAGUGCACCAAAUGUCCAGAAGAUCAACAUCCAAACACCAGUCGUGUUCACUGUAUUCCCAAGAUUAAAAACUACCUUUCUUAUAAAGAAAAUCUGGGAAUCAUCCUGACUUCCAUUGCCUUGUUUCUGUCUUUAACCACAUGCUUUGUCUUGGGAAUCUUCAUUAAAUUCCUGGAAACACCAAUUGUCAAAGCCAACAACUGUGACCUCUCUUAUGUCCUCCUUGUCUCCCUCCUGCUUUCCUUCUUAACCUCCUUCCUGUUCAUUGGCAGUCCAAUGAAAGCAACCUGCCUUCUUCGACAAACAGUCUUCAGCAUCAUCUUCUCAGCUGCCAUCUCUUCAGUCUUGGCCAAAACAAUCACAGUGCUGUUAGCCUUCUUGGCUACAAAACCAGGGAAUAAAGUGCAGAGAUGGCUGGGGAAGAACCUAGCCAACUCCAUCAUCCUUUCUUGCUCUGGUGUCCAAGUUGUCCUCUGCAGCAUCUGGUUGGGCACUUCUCCCCCAUUCCCUGACUCUGACAUGCACUCCCAACCUGGAGAGAUCAUCCUACGAUGCAACGAAGGAUCCGUCACCAUGUUUUAUGGUGCUCUCAGCUACAUGGGCUUCCUGGCUGCCAUUUGCUUCACGGUGGCUUUCCUGGCCAGGAACCUCCCUGGGGCCUUCAACGAAGCCAAGCUGAUCAGCUUCAGCAUGCUGGUCUUCUGCAGUGUCUGGGUGUCCUUUGUGCCCACCUACCUGAGCACCAAGGGCAAGUACAUGGUGGCUGUGCAGGUCUUCUCCAUCUUGGCCUCCAGUGCUGGCCUGCUGGGCUGCAUCUUCAUCCCCAAGUGCUACAUAAUUCUGCUAAGGCCCGAUCUCAAUACAAAAGAACAUGUGAUGUCAAAAUAA